GAACAUCAUCAUUCCCACUUCAGCAUCUGGUCCUCUACUUCCAUCAGCUCCAAUCAGCCCAUGUGGAAAUACAAAAAUGUAAACGUGUCCUUAUUUUUUCUUUUCUAGCUAAAGCUGAACCAUUUUUCUGUCGCCUGAAUUCUUCUCCGGCGAUGUCGUCGCCGGCUCCGGAGCUCACUCCCACCUUACCUCCUCCGCCUUCGGAUACCAACACCACUGCUUCUUCGCCUCCGCUGCCUGACACAAACUCCACUGCUUUGACGCCGCCGGUGACCAACUCAACAGCCCUUCCGCCUUCACCAGCGUCGGCUACUACGAAUGGAUCGACUACGCUAGGUUUAGUUCCGCCACCUUCGUCACGGGGACUGCCGCCGGGGACUCUUGCAGGGCUAAUAGUGGGAAUAGGUUUAGGAGCAAUAAUUGUGCUAAUUGCUGUCGGCAUAUUUUUUAUCUUUUAUCGAAGAAAGAAGAGAAAGGAAGCACUUGCUCACCUUCAUGGACCUAAAGACAAUAAAGUGACAUCAUUGCUAAGGCCUGCCCCUCCACCAGGAAUCUCACCAGUGUUUGGUCCUGCUUCCCACGAACCUCCUUUGACAAAUAGUGGUUUGGGCUCUGAGAAACCAUUUGCAUCAUCAUCUCCUAGCAUUCUUGGGUUGUCACAAGGUACCUUUACUUAUGAAGAACUAGCAAUGGCUACCAAUGGUUUCUCGGAUGCUAACCUUAUUGGUCAAGGUGGUUUUGGUUAUGUCCAUAAGGGAAUUCUCAAUGAUGGUAAAGUGAUUGCAAUUAAACAGCUCAAAGCUGGGAGUGGACAGGGAGAGCGUGAGUUUCAGGCAGAGAUUGAGAUCAUUAGUCGUGUCCAUCACCGUCAUCUUGUUUCACUGCUUGGGUACUGCAUUACUGGAGCCCAGAGGAUGCUUGUUUAUGAGUUUGUUCCGAACGACACCUUGGAAUUCCAUUUACAUGGAAAGGGGAGACCAACUAUGAACUGGUCAACCAGAAUGAAAAUUGCCGUUGGCUCAGCAAAAGGAUUGGCUUAUCUACAUGAAGAAUGUCAGCCCAAGAUCAUACACCGAGAUAUCAAGGCUGCCAAUAUUCUUAUUGAUGAUAGCUUCGAAGCGAAGGUUGCUGACUUUGGGCUUGCCAAGUAUUCUUUGGAUACAGAUACUCAUGUCUCCACUCGAGUGAUGGGUACUUUUGGUUACAUGGCUCCAGAGUAUGCCUCUAGUGGGAAGCUUACAGAGAAGUCGGAUGUCUUUUCCUUUGGUGUUGUGCUUCUGGAAUUGAUUACUGGUCGCCGGCCUGUUGAUAGAACUCAAACCUUUGAUGAUAGCAUAGUAGAUUGGGCAAGGCCUCUGCUCAAUCAAGCUUUGGAAAGUGGCAUCUAUGAUGCUCUAGCUGAUCCAAAAUUGCAGGACUAUGAUUCCACUGAAAUGACUAGAAUGAUUGCUUGUGCUGCAGCUUGCAUACGUCAUUCAGCACGGCUUCGGCCACGAAUGAGCCAGAUAAUUCGAGCUUUGGAAGGGAAUAUGUCUCUGGAUGAGCUAAGUGAUGGAAUCACUCCUGGUCACAGCACGGUGUAUGGUUCUUAUGGAAGCAUAGACUAUAGUUCUAGCCAAUACAAGGAAGACUUGAAAAGAUUCAGGAAGAUGGCACUAGAAAGUCAAGAACAUGUUAGUAGUGAGUACAGUGGAGUCACUAGUGAGUUUGGUCUGCAGCCAUCUAGCUCUAGCACUGAAGGCCAGCAAACUACACAAGAGAUGGAAGCACAGAAAAAGGAGACAGCAGUCAAGGGUUCCCACGAAAAUUCAUGACAGUUGAUGACAUUGUCUCAGUCCAUCAAAUUCACGUCAGCGAGCCUGCGCAAAAAUUAAUAUUUCGAUUCACCAUCAGUGGCAGGUCAAGUGCCCAUAAAAAUCAGCUUGAUAAAUGAGAUCUGCAAAAGAAAAAAAGAAGUAUUUAAACUUUAUCUGAAGAAUGAUUCUGAGGAGGUGUGGUUGAUCCUAUAAAAUCAAGACAAUUACCACUUAAUUCAUUAAUGAGACUAUGGUGAGGGACGUAGUAAAAUGGAACUGAGACACGAAUGAGAUAGGAUUUAUAUGAUUAGUUAGGCCAUUUUUUUGUAGAUGAGACAACUGUAUUCUGUGAGUCUCGUUUUGUGCCUUCUAUUGCUUGUAUAUGCUCAAGAAUAUGUAGUUGGUUUUUUGAUACGGUAGGGAAGAUCAAUUAACUUCCAUUUACCUUUUCAUGCGGCAACUUUGCUAAUUAUCAGUUACACCAUUGGCAUAGUAGUUUCUUGCGGCAUCCAUGAAGGAUCAAUUGUAAACCAAGCCACUCUAGCUUUUUGAUAUUUUACACUUCCAAGUUCUUUGUGCA